AUGAGCUUCUCUCAUGCCGUUGCUUGUGCAUCAUGGAUUCUGCUGGCCUUUGUGUUUUGGCCCAUGAGCUGGAUGGGCUCAAUCUUCCGACACGGUCGACUGGGUGACUUGCGAAAUGUUUCAGCCGCUGACACGCUGCGAAGACGUACCAGCAGCCCAACCGGGCAUACUGUUGCAUGCUUGGUUACUGGCAGAACCCGUGCAGGCGAGGUCGGCGGAAUUCGGGCAUACAUGGCAGAUGUGACUGCCCAAGCUGAUCUCUUCGUCUGCGCCGAUCCGGAAGAUGCUGGCGCCAUGGUUCUUGCAAACUUCUCCAACCUGGUGUCCUACAGGACAUCAAGUGAGGACGGCGGCUACCCGUCAGAUCUGCAAGGAGUUAAUGUCAUUGUGGCCCAGUGGUGGCGUUUGCAGCAGUGUUGGAAGCUCGUACAAGAGCACGAGGAACGCCACCGUUUCAGGUACAGCUUCUACAUGAAAACGCAACCCGAUUGUCACAGAUACAAUGCGUGCUAUCCAUGCUUGGACACAUACAAGGCGGCACUCGACAAGCAUGGCGCUGGGUUGGACAAUGUCUUCUUUGCCAACAGCGACCACAUCUUUGGUGGUUCCCGUCGAGGGUUUGAACGGGCAGCAACGAUGAUGUCCAGGAUUGAGAGUGAUUACUUCGGCAAGACGUUGACCACGUACUAUCCGCUAGAUUGGGACUUGGUGCUGCGUUCAGAAUGGAAUGGUCAGUUGCACUGGGCGGGCAUUGUGUUUCCACGUGAUGUGCUGGAUCCUGAGCAUUGCUGCAGUCGUCAGGAUCUGGAGAACAAGCUGGCAAAAUUGCAUGAGUUUAGCAAGAAUGGCACACCUGUGGAUGGCAAAGUGUGCAACUUGAAGGGCGACUGUUCACGGGGGCGGAAUGGCACGCAUGAGGGUCUCAGCUCUUACAGGUACGCUCCGGACAGCGUGCCGUUCGAUUCUGAGGUAUCUUUCCUCCUUGAUAUGCUGCGAGGUGGAAUCGAGAUGCAUGAACUUCGCUCGUUAUCCAAGAACUUGACGAGGGCCGAGCACAAUCGAACAGGUUUGUACCCAGUCCUAAGCCCUUCCGGACAUAAAGUUGCAUGUAUCAUUUCUGGCAAAAUUCGAGGCAGCGAUCGCAAAACUUUCGAUGACAAAGCCAAGGCUCAAAUGAAGGAGGUUACGGCAGGCACAGAUCUCUUUGUCUGUGCUGACCAGGAGGACCACAUUGAGGAGCAUUUUCAGAACUUUAGCAACCUCGUGCAGUACAGGACAGCGGAGGAUGACGGGGGGUACAAGGCGGACUUGAAGAACAUCGAUCAGCCCAAGAGAGAUCAUGAGCCUGGCACACCACCUGGCAUGAAGGCAAUACAGUGGUGGCGCUUGCAGCAGUGUUGGAGGCUCGUACAGCAGUACGAAGAGCGCUUUGACUUCAGGUACAGCUUUUAUUACAAAACGCGGACAGAUUGCGAUACGCGCGGGGGGUGCUACCCGUGCUUGGGCACAUAUGAGGCGGCCACCAAAAAGUAUGGCGCCCAGUUGGACAAGGUCUUCUUUGCCAACAGCGACCGUGUCUUUGGCGGUUCGCGUCGAGGAUUCGAACGGGCAGCGACAUUCAUGUCCAGGAUUGAGAGCGACUACUUCCGCAAGACGUUGACGACAUACUAUCCAUUGGAUUGGGACUUGGUGCUGCGUUCA